CUGUCCACGCUGAGCUAAGCAAGCUAUUCCAGUGAACUUGCAGUUAUGCCAGGAUAGCUUCUGACAGCAGAGCUGUAUCCGUCAAAGAUCGUUCCUCUUCGUACCCUGACUGACAAACCUGUGCUGGCAGAAACUAAUGGGAGCCUAACGGCGUGAAGCUAACAUGAAGUCACAUCACACACCCUACUGCAGAAGCAUCACGAGCAUCCAUGUUACAGAAGAUCGCCGUGUCCUCUGUGAGUAGAACGGUAGCAAACAGAUGAAUCUCCAACCGCUGUUCCAUUAAUUGGUUUGUCAUCAUGGAGCACCACAACAGGGAUGAUAUGGACUCAAAAGAGGAAAGUCCACAAGUAUGGUCUGAAUCUGCUGAGCAGGAGCAGAAUACUGCUCAGGUGCACUUUGUCCCGGAAGGUGGAACAGUGGCACAGAUUGUGUACAGUGAUGAUCAGGACCGUCCUCCACAGCAGGUGGUCUAUACAGCAGAUGGCACCUCCUACACCUCAGUGGACACCUCGGAGCACACACUUGUUUACAUCCACCCUGUUGAAGCCACGCAGGCAUGUGCAACUCUGUUUACAGAUCCAUCCCAAGUGGCUUACGUCCAGCAAGAUGCCACAACACAGCAGGUAACUGUGCUCUUGCCUGCUGCUGCUCAGAGCAUGAAUCCCACCAACCUCUCCGUGCUCGGCAACGUUGCCGAAUCCCCACAGCAAAUGGCUCUGGAGCAGGGUCCACAAGCAGAUAGAGCAUCGUUACCGGUGCAUAACCAGGUGUUACCUCCUAUGGAGGCAGUGGAUGGUUCUGAUCCUUUGGUACCUCUUCAGACCCAAAUGGAAACAAAGGAGGAAGAAGAGGAGGAGGAGGAAGAGGAUGAAGAAGAUGGGGAUGACACCGACAUGGAUGAAUGGGAUCCAGAUCCACCACGACCUUUUGAUCCCAAUGAUCUGUGGUGCGAAGAGUGUAAUAACGCACAUCCCUCAGUGUGUCCAAAACAUGGACCCCUACACCCAAUCCCAAACCGGCCAGUGCUGACCAGAGCAAGAGCCAGCCUCCCUCUGGUGCUCUACAUAGACAGGUUCUUGGGGGGAGUAUUUUCUAAAAGACGCAUUCCCAAGCGCACGCAGUUUGGCCCUGUGGAGGGACCUCUCGUCAGACAAACUGAACUGAAAGACUGCUACAUUCAUUUAAAGGUGUCUCUUGAUAAAGGUGACAGAAAAGACCGGGAUUUACAAGAGGACCUGUGGUUUGAACUGUCCAGUGAGGCUCUGUGUAAUUGGAUGAUGUUUGUGCGGCCAGCCCAAAACCACCUGGAACAGAACCUGGUGGCCUACCAGUAUGGCCAUCACAUUUACUAUACAACGAUUAAGAACGUAGAGCCCAAACAGGAACUCAAAGUGUGGUAUGCUGCCUCCUAUGCAGAGUUUGUGAACCAGAAGAUCCAUGACAUAUCUGAAGAGGAGAGGAAAGUUCUUCGAGACCAAGAGAAGAAUUGGCCAUGUUAUGAGUGCAAUCGUCGCUUUAUGAGUUCAGAGCAGCUCCAGCAGCACCUCAACUCCCAUGAUGAGAAGCUGGACUUCUUCAGCAGAGCAAGAGGCAGAGGUCGUGGACGAGGAAAGCGGCGGUUUGGACCGGGCAGACGGCCAGGGCGCCCUCCCAAAUUCAUGCGCAUGGAAGUAACCAGUGAAAAUGGGGAAAAGUGUGAAGAAGGAACACAGGACUUGCUGCAUUUUUCCAGCAAGGGGCAGUUUGAUGAGGCUGGACAAACCACACUGAAUGGGCUGGAACAGCAGGAGCAGACUCCAGUGCCACCAGAGACGCAGUCAGCACUGGAUCAACAGCCAGAAGGCCACCCACUGCAGCUCCAGCAACAGCAUGAUGACAGCGUGGUGCCUACGCAGAGCACCAUGACAGCAGAUGACAUGCGGCGAGCAAAACGUAUUAGGAAUGCAGCUCUUCAGCACCUGUUCAUCCGAAAGUCCUUCCGUCCUUUUAAGUGUCUGCAGUGUGGGAAGGCCUUCCGGGAAAAGGACAAGUUGGAUCAGCACCUGCGGUUCCAUGGGCGGGAAGGAAAUUGCCCUCUGACCUGUGACAUCUGUAACAAGGGCUUCAUCAACAGUGGGGCCCUGGAGAGUCAUAUGAAGUUCCACUUGGACCAGAAAACCUACUCCUGCAUUUUCUGUCCAGAAUCUUUUGACCGCUUGGAUUUGCUCAAAGAUCAUGUGGCCAUCCACAUCAAUGAUGGCUAUUUCACCUGCCCUACUUGUAAAAAGCGCUUUCCAGAUUUUAUCCAGGUGAAGAAACAUGUGCGCAGUUUCCAUUCGGAAAAGAUUUACCAGUGUACAGAAUGCGACAAGGCUUUCUGUCGUCCCGACAAGCUGCGGCUCCACAUGCUGCGACACUCAGACCGCAAGGACUUCCUGUGUUCCACCUGUGGCAAGCAGUUCAAGAGAAAAGACAAGCUCCGGGAGCACAUGCAAAGAAUGCACAAUCCAGAACGAGAGGCCAAAAAAGCUGAUCGAAUCGGCCGCUCCAAAGCCUUCAAGCCUCGGAUAGCUUCUACUGACUAUGAGAGCUUUGUGUUUAAGUGUCGACUGUGCAUGAUGGGGUUCCGGAGGAGAGGCAUGCUGGUGAAUCAUUUAUCAAAGAGACAUCCAGACAUGAAAAUAGAAGAGGUGCCAGAGCUAACAUUGCCCAUCAUCAAACCCAACAGAGAUUACUUCUGUCAGUAUUGUGAUAAGGUGUACAAAAGUGCCAGCAAACGCAAAGCACAUAUCUUGAAGAACCACCCUGGUGCUGCGUUACCUCCGAGUAUCCGGAAAUUACGCCCAGCAGGCCCAGGCGAGCCAGAUCCCAUGCUGAGUACCCACACCCAGUUGACGGGCACAAUAGCUACUCCACCAGUCUGUUGUCCUCACUGUUCCAAGCAAUACAGUAGCAAGACCAAGAUGGUACAACAUAUUCGCAAGAAGCAUCCUGAGUUUGCUCAGCUCCCAAACACAAUACACACGCCAUUGGCAGCAGCUGUCAUCAGUUCUACGCCAGCAGUUCUAACCACUGACAGUACCACUGGAGAGACAGUUGUGACAACGGAUUUACUGACCCAAGCAAUGACAGAACUGUCCCAGACCCUCACCGCAGACUAUCGAACCCCACAGGGAGACUACCAGCGAAUCCAAUACAUCCCCGUGUCCCAGUCCACAGCUGGCCUGCAGCAGCCCCAGCACAUACAGCUGCAGGUUGUGCAAGUGGCCCAGGCUACCUCACCUCACCAGUCCCAACACUCUACUGUGGAUGUUGGACAGCUGCAUGACCCUCAGACGUAUGCCCAGCAUGCCAUCCAGGUGCAGCAUAUCCAGGUCACAGAGCCAACCUCAACAACUCAGUCAUCAUCGCAGGUGGGAAGUCAGCCACUGAGUCCCUCCUCACAACAAUCGCAGCAGGAACUCAGCCCUUCCCAAAUGCAGACCAACACAUCAGCACAAAACCAAACCCUCCAACAGCAGCAAAGCUCCUCAGUCCAACACACAUUCUUACCCAGCCCGUGGAACUCAUUUCGUAGCUACCCAUCUGAGAUUCAGAUGAUGGCCAUCCCACAGGGUCAAUAUGUGAUCGCAGAGACUGCUGUAGGUACUCCUGUCACCACAGUGAAUACAGGGCAAGUGAAAGCUGUCACACAGACUCAUUAUGUGAUGUCUGAAGGUCAAACCGAUUUGGAUGUAAAACAGAACUCUUCGCUCUCCAGUGGGGUUCAGGUGGGCGUGUCUCAGCCACCAGCCCACUCAGAUCCCUUGGAAGCACAAGCAACCAAUCAACAGCAAACGACCCAAUACAUUAUCACUACGACCACCAAUGGAAAUGGAGGCAGUGAAGUGCACAUCACAAAACCAAGAACUUUCCCAGCAGAACAUGAGUGAAGAAAUCCUUCAGUGUCACCUGACCAUAAGGACAGCCACCCUCCAAAAAAAACCCUCCCCUGGGUCUCUUGGAGCUCAUUAUGUUUUCAAGUAUUCGUUCACUUCAACUAACAUCUUGGAGUUCUUGCUAAUGCUUUAAGGGGGUCCAAAGUCUCAGCGACAAUUUAAAAGGUACCCUUAAAAUCCUUGCGGGGCGCCGCCAUUUUAUGCAGCUCUUUAAUAGAAAAGAGAAGUCAGGAAAUGGAAACUAUGCUUGCUCUACUUUUUUGGCAUGUCUGAUGACCCUUAUUUUCCUUUGUGGAAGUAUUUACAGUGUACAACAUUUAGUGUAACAGUAGAGGAGAUGACUUGUCAAACAAAUGGCUAAAUGGCAAUUUAUGCUCUGUGUAUAUUUUUAACAUCAACAGUUAAACAAAACAGCAUAAUUUAAACUGCCUGUGGUGUUAGCUGUAUGUCGGAACUGCUCCCUCUGUCUUUGCUUUUUAAAUGGCCAAGGAGGAAGGGCGCUUACCAGCUUGGUAAGGACCCAGAUCACUUAGGAAGAUGGAGCAGCAGCAAAAGAAAGACUCUUUGUGUGUGUGUGUGUGUGUGUGUGUGUGUGUGUGUGGGACAGACGUAACAAUGAAGCUGUGAAGCUGUGCGGAAACAGUCAAUUAAAUUAUUAUUUUUGCAGCCCUUUAGAACUGUUUACAUAUUGUCUGCCUUGCCCUGCCAAGCAGUUCUAGGGAGAAUGAAAGGUGCAGUCUUGAAACCUCAACACUUGGAUGAAUGGACUGAAAUCAUAGUAGCACAUGAUGGUAAACACUGAGCCUAUGUUGUGUUCCCCCUACACUAACUGGAAACUCUUCUUUCACCUGUAAGCAUGUGAAAGGCUCAGUAAUGUUUUAACCUGCACAGCAGCUUUUGCUGUGUCCUAUGAUGAUGGUUGUAUCAGGAGAGAAUGGAUGGAGGGGAAACAAGUGGAUGUUUUUACCCUGAUUUGAUCAUUUUAAAGUAAGAAGGCACUCGAAAAUCAGUGCCUUGCAGUUGCUGUUUGAGACACACUUUAAUCUGAAACAUUGGAAGAGAACCUCUCUAACCUCCUCUCCCUUUGCACACCUCUUUGCAGACGCUGAGGUAGCUAUCUCUAAUGCUGUCUCAAAAUGUGUUUUAUUUUUCCCGUGAAGGUUGGAUGGAAAGUUGGUUACUCACAUUUUCCAUGGAUCUUGUUAAUGAUGCACUGUAAUUCCUAUGGACUGUUUCAUAAAAUGACCAGCCUUGGACUCAGGAAACACAACAAAAAAAAAAGAACACUAGUGGACCACUAUUAAAAAGACAAUGAAAGCCAUCCCAAAGGAUUGCCUGUGUUCGUAAACCUGGUCUGUGUACAGAACUCAUGUCACGCUUUGGGACCAGGAGAAAGGGAAGCUGUACCUUUAAGGCAGUUUGUUUUUCCUUAAGUUGCUCCUCUUCAAGGGUCUGGUUGGUUGGGGGUUUUUUUUUUGUCUUUAAACCAAAUGGAAGGGGACCAUUUUCACUUUGUUACCUGGGAGAAUAUGACCACAGCUCCAAGUACUGUUGAUGGGGGAGAUACUGUAUAUGCCUAAACCUCUAGAAAUUCUGCCUCAAAAGUCAUCCCAGAAUGCCAGUAUAAUAGGAUACAUUUAUUCCAGAAAGUGUAAGAUUUGGUCGUAACAGCAUUUCAUGACAUUAGAGACAUCAGUAGGUUGAAUAAUUCUUUUCCAGUGCUGCACUGAGUGUGAAUAUGCAACCCUCCCUUCCAUCGGUAUUCCCACCGAUUUUGAUGGGAUUACUUAUGCAAGCGAGGACUCCAAUCCACGCAGAAGUUGCAGUACCAAGCCCUAUGAAGCUAACAUUUUAACUGUAAGAGAACAAGCUGAAGUCAUGAAGUAACACCAUAACUGGACGACUGGAAAGCUUACUUGCUGGCAAGGCCUCAUGCCACGUAUCACUGUUAAUACAGAGUGGAAAUCAUUACUGUGCGUGAUGAAACAAGCCCUGUCAAAAUACGGUAACGGCUCAGCAUUGCUUUGGGGUAGCCUUGAAGUGAUUUGCCAAAAUGUAGAUUAAAUUUGUGCCUGGGAUCUCGCUUCUUUUAUCGUCCCAAAAUGCUGGGGCAUUAAAAAGCCUCUUCAAAGAUAUUAAGGGCCUGGGUCCUGAUCCACACACAGUGCUUUGAAAUCAAUGAGUGUCUUUCUUUUUACGUAGUGGAUUUGAGUCAGGCCUUUUCUUGCAGUGGUGCUAAUCUACUGCAGUUCCCAUUAAUUUCAUCCAGAGUUGUGGAUGCUGAGCACUUUUGAAAUUGGGCCCUUGGUGUUGUUGUUUGUGUGGGAGAGGAAGUUCACUGCCCUGUUUUGCCUCUCAGUUUCCUGUUCAAGAGAGGAGGCUUUCCUCAGACUGCCAGAUGAUGUAGUGACACUGUCAUAAAAAUUCAAAGAGCCAAAUAUAUGGUACAAAUGAAGGGAAGUGAAAAAUAUGGAAAUGUCAUGUGGCAAGUAGUUACUGUUUUAUGGAAGUAUUUUAAAGUCUUAAAAGGCUCAGUUUUCAGACAUGAAAAUUGGACCUUUUUUCCUUUAAAUUGUUGUAAAUGUAGAGUUUAAAAAGCUAUUUUUUUUCUUUGACUUUGUUUAGAAAGUAUCAAAAAAUGUGGACACUUGUUUUUGUACCGGUUCUUUCAGGAUGAACACAAGCCCAGUGUUGUGGAAAGCAGUUUCAAAAUGGCCUCUUUGAAUGUGCAUCUUGCUUAUCUAGGAGUCUGUCCUUUUUUUCCACAGCAGCAUCAUACACAAAAUCACCAGCCAGAGAUCAGUGUGCUGGUUCACUUCAUGUCCCAAAUUAAUGGAUGCAUGAGAGGAUGCUCUUCUCUGAGAAUUAAGCAUCAUGCAUAUUCAUUCCAAGUUAAUGAGUUGUCUGAUUAUAAUGAUUACACAGAUGUGGAGAAAGUACAGAAGACAGGGCCCAGUUUUGCAGCUUAGAAGUCCUGCAGCAUGUCAGUACUGCAGGACCCCCUUAAACGAGAAACAGCUCUCAUGGACUUCCGCAGUGCAAGACACAGGAAUUUUUGCUGAACCAGUCCUAAGGUCUCUUUGUCCCCUAAAUAAUGUCCCAUCGGAGCUUAAUUCUGGAAUACACUUCUUCUGCUCACUGCGAGCUAAAUUCUGCCCUAAGAAUAUGCUAAGGGAGUCCUCCUUGGCUUCAUUGGGGGUCCCUGUGCUCAUGCCUCCCGAGUGCAAAAGUCGGCACCAAUUCCUUACUCUCCAAAAGAAUCAUACCUGAUUUUUUUCAAAGGAUUACUAGAACACCUGGGACUAAAUCGGGAUGUUUCAUGAGACAUUGAAUCUGACAUACGUUGCAUCAUUCUGACCCUGUUAUUUAAAUGUGUAUGUUUAUUGUACAUUCAGUGACUGUUAUAGUGUUAAUAGUCUUGUGCUACCUGGCAGGUGUAAAAACAAAAAUAAUAAAUCUUUUCUUUUUUUACGUA